AACGGUGGAUUACGCGAACAGCUCGCCAAAUGCCAUGAAACGCGUUGCUGGAUGUUAAAGAGAGAAAAAAAAAACAAAAAAAGAAAAGCAACAAUGUACUAAUACUGUGGGAAAUAGAAUCACAGAUUAACCUUGAAGGGCACCAGUUUUAUACGAAGACACGACGAAACAGUCAAACUUGUAACAGAACAUAUCAGUGUAACAGGAUAUCAACAAAAAUAUCAGAAAGUUAAAUUACAUUUAAAAGCCACACGCUCCACUUCCCCCGACAAAAUGUUUUGGAUUUUACGACGCACCGGUGCAGCGAAUUUCUUCAAUUCGCUAAACAACAAUUGCAGCUCAUCGAAGGGCGGAAGUAGUUCGGGCACACAAGAUAAAUAUGUGAAGCGACCGCCACGUAAAGCUUACGGGCGACUUAGUGCCGAUUCGGACGAUGCCAGUUCACAGCAAAAGCACAAAAUCGAUGAUCCCUUUGACGAAUUUGAUAAUUUCAAAAUAAUAACUUCGGGCAGUGGAUGUAAUGAUGGCAAUGGCAACGCCAACGUCAACGGCAAUGGCAGCGCCACAUGCCAACAUGUGCACUCAGGGCUGAUCGAUGGCGGGUGUGGAGGAGGUGGUCGCGCUGGCGCAGCUGCUAUUAAUGGAUCCACGACUCCUUGUACACUGCCCGAUUGCCAGGGAAAUUUCGUUAACGAAGGCAUGUGCCACCUAAAUGAUGCGACGGGCUGCGCGGGAGUCGCUGGCGCAUCGCAAUUGAACUCAUCCGCAAUUCAGAGGCACAAGGAAGUCAAUGAGAACACCAUUAACCGACUGCAAGCGAUGGCGAUAUCAGAUGAUGAUGAUUACGAUGAAUCUCUGACAUGCAAUGUUUGUGAUAGAGCUUUCCAUUGUCAUAGGCAAUUGGCUUCGCAUCAGCAGAAGAAACGUCAUUUCGGUUGCAACGCAUGCGAUAGUCUCUUUCCAUCACUAAUGAUACUGGAACAUCACAAAGAGGAGUUUGAACACUGGAGCGACGACGAGAUUAGUCGGCAGGUUUGCUGUCGACGAAAUCGAGGUGACGAUUACUUUACUGAUACCGACUCCUUCACCAGUGAGGCGGAGAGCGAGGAUAUGGAGAGGUUAUUGUAAGUCGCCUCCAGGAAUUAAGUUGAGAGAACUAUUACGUAUAUAUAGGGACGAAUGACAGACAUUUUACAAAAAAAUUGAACCAAGGAACAUACACGGCGUAUAUAAGUCCAAUUACAAGAAAAUCGAAAUACGAGAUGGCAUUCAAUGCUGUCAAAGCAAUACAAGUACAAGGUACAAGUCGUUCAAAAAAUUCUUUGUGUGAAACCAUUCGUGCGUGCCGGAGUUAACAAGUUGAUUAAACUAACAUAUGCUAUGUGUUUUUAUAUCACAAAAGUCCUCAACCUUGACCGCAAGCGCUAUUUUCAAGUGUGUACGACAUCAAAAGCUAAUAUCUAAGCAAAUUAUAGCCACUGGAAAUAAAUAAGUGAACAUAACGGUACAAUAAUUGAGCACGCAAUUGUGUGUGAACAAGGGUGGUAGCAUAGCGCUACUUCACUGGAGCAAAUGUAUAAUAUAAGUUAAGUUUAAAGUUAAGAGAUCAUCGUCCCCAUUAAAAAUGCGAUUAGUUGAAUAUAUUGUAAAUAAGACGACUCUAGGUGGGAGAAAUUCUCAUGCAAGAACACGUUUACAAAUGUACUUAUUAUACCUGUAAAACCAGUGUGAAAACUCAUAUCGGCUUGUAUGACUUUUUAUUUCUAAUUUGAAUAUUCGAAGGUAUUGGUCCUAACACAUCUGUAUAUAUAAGGAAACUCAAACAGAGGAAAAAAUAGAAUUUCAAUGAUAUAUUGUUAUACGUAGUUACCAAGAUCUAAGGUGUUGGAUUUCGCGGCACUAAAGAUACAUAACCUCUACCUUGAGUAUCUUACGACAUACUAAGGGAAACUUGAUAUUCCUAAACCUGGAUAAAUGAUGGUUGCUACAAAUAUGAAUACUACUACACUUUUACCUCACAGUCACUUUUGGAUUCAUUGGUAGCUAUCCUUUAAGCUAAUUGUGCUCGCCCGGAAUUUAUCCAACAAGUUUUCCUUUAGUCCAACCCAAAUCAACUCAAAAACGUUAGCGCGGUCACAUGAUAUUUUCGAAAUGCGAACAUCGGAGCCGAUUACUACCCGACAUCAUGCGAAGGAAGUGUUCUUAAGCCUACACUGAGUCGAAGAGCAGCGGCCAUGCAGAACAGUUUUGACUGAGUUGUUAUAUGUUAUAUUUGUAAAUAUGUACAUAUUAAACAUUUGUGAGCCACACUACAUGAAUUGCACACGGCUCUUUGUGAGCGUGUUUGUAUUGAAGUUGAUAUGAACUUUUGUAAUAGAUAUUGCAAAUAAUACUCGUAUAAAUGCAUCAGCUUUAAUUGCAACUGUUUUGCUUUGAUUUUAUAUAUAUCUGU